CCCAAUUACCUCGCAGCUCGCUGCAGCACCAAACGCUCGUGUUCAGGACUCGCUGCUGGACUCUGGACACAUAUCAUCGCUGCCGGCUCGCUUUUGCCACCUCGCACUGCUCGCGAUGCCCUCGGCCCGCGAUAUCCUCGACGCCUUUCGAGCCGCCGGCACGAGUGAUGCCGCCGUCGACGCGAUCGCCUCCCUGGAGCUGUCCGCCGACGAUUUGUUAGAUCUCAAUCCGGCCGAGGUCUGGGGCGUGGCCGACGACGACGCCGAGCGCAUCGCUGGCGCGAUCGCGGCGUUCAACCGCCCGCCGCGCGUGCCCCAGCCGCCUGGACCGCCGCCGCCGCCGGGCGCGCUACCAGCGAUGCCGGGCGCGACGCCUAGCGCAGCGACGCCGGCGACCGGAGCGCGCUGUCUCGUCGUCGCGGGCCCGCCCGGCUCCGGCAAGACGACGCUCGCGGCCCACGCCGCCCGGUCCAUGAAGGCUUGUCUAGUAGAUAAAGACGCGCUCGAGUGGCCGCUGGCCAACUGCGCCUUAACCGCAGCCGGAGCGGCCAAGGACGACGCCUACUACAAUUCUCAAAUAAAGCCGAGCGCCUACGAGACGUGUUUCCGGGUCGCGGCCCAGAACUGCGCGGCGGGUCUCGAUGUUGUCAUCGUGGCGCCCUUCACGUCACUCGUCAAAGAUUCUACUUUUCUCGAGGCGCUCGCUAAGCGCUUCGGCGCGCGCGUCGCGCUGCUUUGGGUUUGUGCCGAUCCCGAGGCGUUGGCGAGGCGCCAGCGGCAACGACAUGCCGACCAGGACACGUCUGUGAAAGUCACGCUGCCCGCGCGACCAGUAUGUCCCCACGUGCUCGUGGACACGUCUGCCAUACGAGAAGCGGAGAUGAGGAGUACAGCGGUCGAUGCCGUUACGAGGGCCUUCUCUACUACCCAAACAACGGGACGGGUCCUCUGCGCGGGCCACGUCUGCGUGGAUGUUGUGCUCGAGGGCUGCGGCGAACUUAGUAGUAGAGAGGGCUACUGCGAAGUCCAAUCUACAAGACUGGCUGCUGGUGGAAGUGUAGCCAACUGCGCUUCUACUCUAGCGUCGUUGGAGGCGUACGGCGUCGACGCGCACUGUUGUGUGGGAGACGACGCGUUCGGGCGCUUUUUGCUCGACUACUUCCGUGAGAACAGUGUCGGCACGGCCCACAUCAAUGUCAAUGAAGAACACCCGACGUCGACGGCCUGCCUACCGGUCUACGGGAAGGACGGCAAGCGCGCCGUGUAUUGUGCGCAGGGGUGGAAUGCCCAUUUCGUUCCGAAUGUAGAUGUGGCGACGUACGACGCCAUUUUACUAGGUUAUCCCCACGUCAUGCCUGCGUUGCGGGGCGCGCCCCUGGCGCAGUUUGCAUCAAGAUGCGUCGAAGCGGGCACGUGUCUCUGUCUGGACGUGAACGAGGCGUCGGACGACUACGAAAUGCCGCUCGGCGACGCCUCGGACGCCUACGAAAAUAUUGGUGUAUUACACGGCAAUUUGGACGAGGCCGCGGCGUGUGUUGGAAGGAAGAAGGAAUUUCUAGAAAGAUACAACAUCAAGGAUGGAUUGGAGAACGUGCUGUCCAAUGCCGAGAUAGAAUCGAUUGCCCGUGCGUUGUUGAGGCGAGGCUGCGGCGUCGUGCUGUUCACGCUGGGCCCGUUGGGUGCUUUCGCGAUGACCAACGACGAGCCCACCCUCAGAAGGACGCUGGGGCGGCUGAACCACGGUCUGCAGCCGUCGCACGUCUCUCGUCGGGCGGCCUUCAAGGCAGACGGCGCCAUCGACACGGUCGGCGCCGGCGACGCGUUCCUCGCGGGCGCCGUGGCGUCGCUGCUGAGUGGCGGCGACCUCGACCGCGUCCUGGACGUGGGCCUGGCCGCGGCGCUCUGGCGCGUCGACGCCUCACGGAGCUCGCGGCCGCCGCGGCGGGGGGAGCUCGAGGAAUUGAUGGGGGGGCUCGAGCGGCUGCCCACGGUGGCGCGGACGGUAUACGACUUCGUCGCGUAGGAGGGUUUGUGUGUAAGUUUUAUAACCUGGU